CAAACUAAGCAAACUUCAAACUUGAUUGUUAUAUCCGGAAUACGCUUAUCUUUCGGUCUUCUCGAGUUAAGAGAUAAGAUAAAUCGUUGACCGUUGAACAUAUGCUUCAUCAUAUUGUAUUUAAUGCGGCCAUGCGUUUGUUGAUGAACGAAUAUAUUGUCGAAAUACAUUACUACAUCUAAACAUGUGCGUGAGAUAUAAGUUCUAAAAUGUAUCAGUAAAAAGUAUAUAAACUUUAUUGUACCGGGAUACUCAAUUGUUUAAUAGUAAAAUGCAUUGGAGCCUUAUACAUUGUGUACUACAAACAUGUUUUAUAACCGUCUCGUACUGUCACUCGCCUCACCGGCGAGGUGUUUUCCCGUCUAAAUAAAAUAGUGCUAAGCUUAACAAAAGAAUUGAAAACAAUAUGGCGAAACAUGGCACAUCGAACGUGGAAGAAAUGGACAACAUUGACCCGGACUUGUCUAAACAACUCUCCACAAUAUUAGAGGAUGAAGGAAUAACAGAGGAAAUCGUGAUGGCCAGGCGCAUUGCAUUCCUUAUGAUGGAGACAGGUUUAACAACGAUUAGUAAACUUAACAAUCAAUCAAUCGAGCAUUUCUGUUUUGGCAGCCAGUCAGAGGGAGCGACAACGCAUAGACUAAUGUCUGACGUAGACAUUUUACGUCGUAUACCAUGUAUUAAUAUCAUGCGAGGGGAUUCGAAAACAUGGAAAAAAGGAAUGCUGAAUUGUUUGAUGCUUUGUAUUAAGGAUUAUCCACAACACUUUAAUCUGCAGGUUUACAGGAGCGAUAAGCCCAAACCAGUGAAAUCACAAACAUUUGGCAAUGGCAUGCUCUUAAGUUAUGGACCCGUGUUAUUAAGCUCUGAGUUUUUUAGGAAACAUUUCGAAAUGUUAUUACAGUCUUUUAGGGACGAUAAAUCUACCUAUACCGCUGGACCUUCUGCUAGUUUUAGCGACGAUAUAGACAUUGUGCAAGCACUGUGCACAUCAGGUGACAUUCCUGAACUGCAGAUGUGGCUAGACAGGCCCAGACAGGGUAAUUGGCCGCCUCUUAAAUUGUUUGAGGAAGCGAAACAUUGCGCGUGGUUCCUUGUACCGGUAGGAAAUCCAAGCUCGCACAUAAGAAACACAGAGUGGAGAUUAUCGCCAAAUCUUAUUGAAAGAAAACUCAUGUUUAGUUUAACUAUAACCCAGCUGAAAUGUUAUAUAUUGCUGAAAGAACUCAAGCGCGCAAUUACGAGGGAAAUGAAACAACAGGGAGGCGAGGGAGGCGAACUUACGAGUUUUCACUGCAAAACAGUGUUGUUUUAUACACUAGAAAGAACGCAAGAUCUCCCUCUCCAAGAAAGCAACUUGGCAAUGUUACUAAAACUUUGUCUUCAAACGCUCCAAACAUUUCUUAAAGAUGGUGUAUGCCCUCAUUAUAUCAUUGACCGCGUUAAUCUGUUUGACGGUAAACUAAAUAGUACACAACGUCACGCGAUGCUCAACAAGGUGACGGAGCUCAUAGAUUACAACUUACGCGGGUUCGUAAAAAGUAAACUUGACGACGCAACACCAUUGUCUUCUGACCAACGUCACGCGAUACACGUACUCAACAAGGUGACGGUACUCAUAGAUACAUACUCACAUGGGUUCCCAAAAAGUCAACUUGGCAACGCAACACGAUUGUCCUCUGACCAACGUUUUAUUGCUCAUGUAUGUAUUUGCAGUAAACUCGCAUUUGAAAGGAUACAGUGGUUCCAUAUUAUUAUGCUUUGCUUCCAUGGCUUCAUCAGUAAACCAAUCGAGUUUGUUGGGGAUCAGCUUAACACACUAAUUGACAAAUGUAAAGAAAUAAUAAAUUAUCACAACGCGAAUGCAUUUGAAAUACAAGCAGCUAGGGAAAUAUUGACAACUGCUUUGUCUUUUCGAGGCUCUAUUCAAGCGGCCCCAGCAAUUCAAAGCGGCGUCUCGAUUAACCAAGAUGUCAUGGACAGUUUCAAGGAAUCGGUACAAGUUGGUGAUGUCGCAAAUCAAAUCAAUAAUUUAUCAGAAAUGCUUAGCUAUGGCAAUCUUGCUUCGGAAAUAAAGGAUUGUUCAAUUAACAAACAUGCCAUUGAAACCUUCGAAAAGGCCCUUGAGACGAAUGGAUUCUCAAGUCGACUGAAAUUAGCAUCUGUGAUGUACUGCUCUGGAAACUUGCAGUCGGCAAAAUUUAUUCUUGAAUAUGCAGAACGUCAGUUUUCCCGGUACACUAUGAAGACCUUAUGUCGGUGUUUCAGUUAUUACAAUCGGUACAUAAACCACCGAAAGAUGUUUGAAAAUAAACCUAAUCCUAACAUUGAAAGCAAAAUUGCAUUAUGCAUAAUAUUUCUUUCUAAUGAGGCACCGUGCGUUCCCCCUGUGCUUUUGUAUGAAAUGACCAAAACAAGAUUUGCACCUGAUUACCGAGAAACAAUAAGUACAAAAAUAGAAUUGAAUGGUGAGGCUAGAUUAGAUGCUCGCGUGUUCAUGUAUUACCUGCAAUACCUCACGUACGGAGGUCUCGGCAUUCGGGAAAAACAGAUCGUUGUCUUGACGAAAUUCGAAGACUACAUUUCAACGCAUAUUGAUGAUCGCAUCUUGGAUCUCCACUUUGAUCAUGGUCGUAACCACGAGGUAUCCCAUAUGGCGACUGCAUUGAACCUGCUCGGCCACUGCUGGGAGAUGGAAGGGGAUCUGAACAAAGCAGGCAGUAAAUACAAGCUAUCCCGAGAUAGCAAGCCAAAACACAAUCCGGCCGACUGGCACAUUGGGAGACUUUCGUGCUAUUCACCAGAUCAAUAGAUAUACCCCGGUAGUUGCAACGGGUUUUAAUUUAUAUGCAAUGACACUCGGCUCACGAACUGCUGGAAACGUUGAAUAGGACGUACUUGAAACAUAAUUUCAAAUUUAAAUAAUAUUUAUUUAUAUUUGUAAAAUAUUUAAUAUUUUUGGAUUUAAUAUAUAUAGGAGCAAUCGAACUUCAAGCACACUUGUAUGAUUUACUAUUAUAAGAAAGCACUCAAUAUAUCGUUUGUGCAAACAUUAUUUUUAGAUAUUUGUUCUCAUUUUCAAUCUAGCAUUAUUAUAACAGCUUGUAUAGAAAGUAUUGGACAAGGACAUCAACUUGACAACAUGUUCAAUUGUUUCACACUUGGACUCAAUGAAAACUAUAUAUAUAUAUAUUACUUUUGCGUUUUUACUUGCACUUUUUUGCACACACGUUCUCUUUUUAAACAGCUCUUAUAGGAAGUGAUGGGCAGAAGCAACAUCUUCAAAUACAAUAUUUAAUAUCGUUAUGUCUUGUGUACAAUUUGUUCACCCCCGGACUUCAUAGAAAUAAAAUUUAAAUCAACAUUUGUAACGGGUUGUUGCUGAACAACCUUAAACUCCAGCAGAUCAUACGUUGAAAUAGCAAUUGGGUAUUUAACAACUCUUAACCAUGCGCAUCAAUUAAGAUAACUACAAUUUUAAUUUGUAUUUAUAAUUUCCGUAUUGUUGCAUAAUGUUAUGAUUAAAUCAUACCCUUUUUUAUAAACAAAGUGUUUUUACGGUAGAUGUUUUGUAACCAAAAUGUGUCCACACAUGUAGAUAUAAAUGUGUGGACGCAUUCAGAUUAGUUCGGUCCAUACUUGUUCCGUUUUUAAACAACCUUCAUCUUUGGGGAUAGAUGCUUCGUACAGAAAUAAAAUAAACUGAUAAAAAAUACAUAUUUUACUUAAAACUAAUAUUUCUACAGGUUCUAUAAAAAGUAUAGACUUUAAAACAAUAGUCUAUAUAUCCUUAUUUAGGUAUGAAAACUCACAGACUAAACUAAUAGUUUAAUGGUGUUAUAAUUGACGGUUUGAUUUAGUUUAUAUUAAUUGAUACAAAAGUUUAAAUACAAUAUGCGUGUCAACUUAUUGAUUAUACAGACGUGUACUUGCAUAAAUUCAUUUGACAAUAAUCUAUAUGGUCCAUCUAAGGAUUUAUGAUUUAUAUAGUAUAUGUAUUAGUAUAUACAACGGAUUAUUAAAUAAACGUGUUUGUAGUAUUUUUAUGCAGUUUUAAAAUUGUGAACUGUAGUUUGAUUGUAUAUAUUUAUAAAAUGGUAAAUGUAAUCUUUUUACCUACUCAAUUGUAGCAUGGUAUAUGUUUUUUAACAUAAAUUUGAUUUGGCUAAGAUGACACAUAGUUAAACUGUUCUAACGAAAUGUUGUUGUUUUUUUCCUUUUUUUCUUAUUUAUUUUCCAUGUUUGACAUUUACCUUGGCAGAACUAAUAUUUGCAUACAUAAACGCAUGGGUAAUAUAACAUAAAAAUCCCAAAUAAUUCAGAAUUAUUGUGAUUUGUUGAACAUAAUUUGUUUGUAAUAUUAUACAGUGCAGUCAAUCA